AUGUCUGUCCAACCCAUCCGCCCUACGGGAGAUGAGCGUAUACAGCACAAAACCGCCGUGCUGAGCGGACACACCUACCACUACCUGUACGCUGUCCCGGACUCGGGCAAGUGGACAGACACAAUCUUCCUGAUUCACGGAUGGCCCGAUCUAUCAAUGGGCUGGCGCUACCAGAUUCCUCUCCUUGUCGAUCUGGGAUUGAGAGUCGUUGCGCCGGAUAUGAUGGGAUAUGGUGGAACGGACGCGCCGAAAGUUCCACCAAACCCCAUCAGUCUCUACGGCCUGAAGAGAGCUUCCGACGACAUCGCGGCGCUUGCGAAGGAAGUCGAUGCUCCCAGAAUCAUCCUGGGUGGACAUGAUUGGGGUGGUUUUGUCGUCUGGCGCGCAGCACAAUGGUACCCGGACCUCGUGACCCAUGUCUUCUCCGUGUGCACGCCCUAUACACCACCAAACGAGAAGUUCAUCUCCACCGAGCAGCUAGUCAAAGGCCCACUCCCGCAAUUUGCGUACCAGCUCCAUCUUGCGUCUGGCGAAGUGGAGAAGAGCGUCAAGGAUGAGCAGAGCAUCCGUCAGUUCUUGAAGGGAAUUUACGGCGCUAGGGGGCCGAAUGGAGAGUUGGCAUUUGAUCCCGAGAAGGGCGUGAUGGCAGAAAACCUGCCGAAGGUGGGAGAAAGCAAGUUAUUACAUGGCGAGGUGCUCGAACACUACGUCAAGCAGUACUCACGACACGGCAUUCAUCCUACCCUAAACUGGUACCGCCAGCGCCGGACCAACUGGGAAGAAGACCAAGGGCUACUCGACAAGAAGAUUAUCCAGCAGCCAGUUCUCUUCAUCCAAGCGACGUACGACUCGGUGCUCAAGCCGGACAUGUCCAAGAGCAUGGACGCGCUGAUCCCCAAGUUGACUCGCGGAGAAGUUGCAGCUACGCACUGGGCGUUGACUCAGAAGCCAGAGGAUGUGAACGGUCUAAUCAGCCAGUGGUUAGAGAAGGAGGGCCUAACAAAGUCAAAGAGCGUGUUAUAA